AUGGCCGACGGUGGUUCAUCGCAGUCGUCAGGCGCGCCGUCGUGCGGCUUGCGCCGCUGGAAGCUGUCGCGCCUCGACAUCGUGGUUCCGGAAGGCACCAACACGAGCGAACUUGCCGUCGCUAGCUAUGUUGAUGUCGAUGAGGCGCUGCCACUCGAGCCGUUCGCCAAUCGAAAGAUUGCCGGGCCUCUCGACAGAGACCAAGCGAUCGCGGCGAGGCGAGUGCAGGCGGAGAUGCACGAGGCCACUGUGGGAGGCUCGAGCGCUUGGGUCCACCGCGCGUGGGCUCUGGCGAACGCCGCGGUCUUUCGCGACAAAUCCGUUGUCGAGCUCGGCGCGGGCUGCGGGCUGCUCGGCAUCAGCGUGGCGGCGGCAUGUGGCCCACGGAGCGUGUGGCUGAGCGACUUUCGCGGUCACUUUCGCAGUGAGGCGACGGUGAUGCACCUGCUACGCGACAAUGUCGCAAGCAAUCGUGCCCGGCUACCCUUGGAGCCGGCGUGCCUGCGAGUGCUGGAGCUCGACUGGUCGCAGCCGACGAAGCCGGUGGAGUGGAGCAUGGACGCUGCGCAGCCACCGGCGGAGGACUCGCCACGGUCCUCCGCAGAGGCGGCAGCCGCGGCCGCGGAGCCAGCGCGGGAUUGCUCGUGGGCGCCGUGCGAUGUCGUGAUCGCCACCGAAGUGCUGUACUCUAUCGAAGGCGCACGGCUGCUGGCGGCGCUGCUGCCGCACUGGCUGAGCCGCCCGCACGGCGCGGCGUACGUGCUCAACAAUGCGCGCCGCACGGGCGUCGACGCGUUCGCGGCCGCAUGCGAGGCGCACCAGCUGCGCGUCGAGGAGAUCUCGUGCGGCGAGACGGUGGACGAGGCGCUCGCCGCGGCGACGUGCACGCUCGGAGGCGAGGAAAGGCAGGGCCCCAGGGACGAUUACGUUCACUUCCGCGUGAUGUGGUGCGCUCCAGACGUCUCGACCACCGGGCUGUGA